AGCUUGAGGCAAUGUUCGAACGCACCGACUUCGAUGCUGUCGGACCGCUCUUCAAGGAAUACUUCAGCAUCACGAUCGAACAUAGUGCUGGCGCUGUUGACUACACCAGCCGUCUCCUGGACCUUGCCUCCCGCCUUGAGGCUCGCCAGACUACUCUCCCCCCCAACCUUCAGAUCUACCGUCUCCUCGAAGGCCUCUCCCCUCAAUAUGAAGUGCGCGUCAUCGCCUUCACUGAGGCUCAGCCCCGCGCCUCCCUUGACACUGUGGUCCAAUGGAUCAUUGACGCUGAGGCCCGCCUUCUCUCAACCCCCCCCUCCGGCCUGAACUCCACCGCGUCCCAAAACCCCCAGCUUGCAGUCACACAGCCGCGUCGUGGCGGGCGCCCACGUGGCGGCCGCACCAACCCUCAGGGAGGGGGUGGAGGUGGCGGUUGUGGGGGCAGCGGAGCCGGCGGCGGUGGUGGCGGGGUCGAGGGUGGCAGCAGUGGUGGUGGUGGAGGCAGUGGUGGCUCAUCUGGUAGCCGUGGUGGCCGCCCUGGCACUCUUCCCCCAUGUUCCUAUCUUCGCCGUUUUGGUCCCAGGGCGGGUGAGCGCUGCACCCAAACCAACCAUCCCCCCGCAACCUGCUUCAAGGCGUAUGAUGACGCCUGGUUCGAGCGCGGCAACACUGGCACCCCCCCACGCUGGUCUGCCAUGGAUCCCCGCCCCUCUCUCCAGGAUGUCAAAACUCUUCCGUCUUUCCUCCCCUCUCAUCUUCAGCUCUCCUCCUCCUCCUCCUCUGUCGCUGACCCCAUAACUCCCCAGGAGCUGCAGCAGUUUCGCCGCUUCCAGCAACUGCAGCUGCUGCAGCAGCAGCAGCAGUGGGGCUCUGGUGGUCAGGCUGCAGCCGCAGCUGCAGGAGCCGCAGCCGCAGCAUCUGCAUGGCAGCAGCAGCAGCUUGGCUUUGGCACCGCCGCCAUGGCUGCCACAGCCACACCAGGGCACCGGUACCUGCUUGUCCUAGUCGACGACCACAGCAGGUACUCCUCGGUGUUCCUCCUCCACACGAAGGCUGAGGCCCCUGCUGUCAUCGUUACCUGGGCCGAGCAGUGCCGAGUCCACUUUGGUCGCCCCAUCCGCCGCCUCCAUUCCGACGGCGGUGGUGACAUUUACGACCCAGCUGUCCCUGACUCCCCUGCUCACUCUGCCUCAUCGCACCAGCAGCAGCAGCAGCAGCAGCAGCAGCAGCAGCAGCAGCAGCAGCAGCAGCAGCAGCAGCAGAAGGAGCAGCAGCACCAGCAGCAACAGCAGCAGCAGCAGUCCUUCUACAUCGACCAAGUCUUGCAGCGGUUCGACAUGGCGCAGGCGAAGCCGGUUACCACUCCCCUGCAGACCGACCACCAGCUUGCCCCUCCUCCUGCUCCCUCCUCCUCUGACCAUCCUUACGCUGAGCUCGUCGGCUCGCUGAUGUACGCUAUGAUGUGCACCCGCCCCGACCUUGCCUACCCCAUCAGUGAGGCUCGCUGGCUCACCUUCCUCCUUGCUGAGAUCGGUGCUCCUCAGUGCUGUCCCACCCUCUGGUGCGACAACGCCAGCACCAUCCAUCUCACAAAGGACCCUGUCUUCCAUGGCCGCUCCAAGCACAUUGAACUCCGCUACUUCUUCGUUCGAGAGUUGGUCCAGCAAGUGGAGACACUCGCACGAUUCGAGAAGGACGUGAAGCGGACCGACACCGGGUUCCUGGCGAUAGCAACAGAGGUGGAGAAUGACGGAGAGAAAGCCUCGGAAACUCCAGAAAAAAUCAAGGAAUUACUAAAGGAGUUCCAAGACAUUCUUCCUGACGAUCUUCCGAACGAGCUACCGCCAUACCGAACACAUCAACACGAGAUUGUGGAGGAACCGGGUUCGAAACCGACCUUCCGAGCACCAUAUCGGCUCAGCCCUACGGAGCUGACUGACAUGAAAAAACAGAUCGAGUAUCUUCUAGCCAAAGGACUCAUCCGCCCAUCUACUUCACCGUACGGUGCCCCAGUACUCUUCACACCGAAACCGGACGGAAGCCUGCGCAUGUGCAUCGACUACCGAGCUCUUAACAAGCAGACCAUCAAGAAUAAAUAUCCGAUACCGCGAAUCGAUGACCUGCUUGACCAGCUUCGGGGAGCUACGGUAUUUUCCAAACUGGAUCUGCGGUCCGGAUACUGGCAGAUACGGAUGGCGGACAACUCUAUCCACAAAACUGCUUUCCGAACUCGGUACGGAUCGUACGAGUAUUUGGUCAUGCCGUUCGGACUCACCAACGCGCCGGCAACGUUCCAAGCCGAAAUGAACCACAUUUUACGACCACUCUUGGACGAAUGCGUGGUGGUGUACCUGGACGACAUACUCAUCUACUCGCGCGACAUGAAGCAGCACGUCGAACACCUGCGACGCGUCUUCGAAAUUCUUCGACGAGAACGAUUCUACGUCAAACUGUCCAAGAGCGAAUUCGCCCUGGAGAAAGUCCAAUUUCUAGGACACUUGGUGAGCGCUCAAGGAGUUCACGUCGACCCCAAGAAAGUCGAAGCCGUACGUACGUGGAAGACACCCGAGAAUGUGAAGGAGUUGCAGCAGUUCCUAGGCUUCGCUAAUUACUACAACAGGUUCGUGCCACAGUAUGCGAAACUCGCGGCACCACUCACGAAUCUGCUGAAGAAGAACACGCCCUACAAAUGGGAGACGAAGCACCAGGAAGCCGUGGAGCAGCUGAAACAAGCACUAACGUCCGCACCGGUGCUCAUCUUGCCAGAUCCCGAACGCGACUACGUAAUCGAAGCUGACGCCAGCGACCAGGCAGUGGGAGCAGUCUUAAUGCAAGACCAGGGGAAUGGACUGCAACCAAUUGCUUACCUCAGCAAGAAACUGCACGGGGCAGAACUCAACUACCCGAUACACGACAAAGAGGCUCUUGCUAUCAUCAUCGCCUUCAAAGCGUGGAGAUGCUAUCUCGAAGGACGAAGAACGACCGUCUACACCGACCACUGCAGCCUGAAAUAUUUGAAGACACAACCCAACCUUUCCAGGCGGCAGGUCCGGUGGAUCGACUUCCUCGAGACACACUUCCACUACGACAUCGUGUACAAGCCCGGCCACAAGAACAAAGCAGACGCUCUCAGCCGGCCUGCACACGUUGCCGCGAUUCAGGUCGAAGGGAUGAAUCCACUACUCAAGGGACUCUUCACACACGGGUACGCCAUCGACCCCGAAAUACCCUUGGCAGAAAAACGACAUCUACUACAGUGGGACAACGACAUUGCGUACCGGAAAGGCUCAACGAAAAUCUGGGUACCCAAUUACCCUCCUUUGCGCCAGUUACUACUCGAAGAAUACCACGACGUCCUGUACGCCGGACACUUCGGUAGCAACAAGACGCUCACCGGUAUCGCCAAACACUACUACUGGCCCCAUAUGGCAGACGACGUCCAGAAAUUCGUCACCUCGUGUGAUACAUGUCAGCGGAUGAAGAGCAGCAAGCAGAAAAAGGCGGGACUACUGCAGCCUCUUCCUGUCCCAGAACAACCAUGGCAAGUGGUUAGCCUAGACUUCAUCACCGGGUUACCACCUACCUCCAGCGGUCAUGACGCCAUCCUUGUCGUCAUUGACAAGUUCUCCAAAAUGGGACACUUCAUCCCGACGCACACGACGGCACGCACCGAGGAGACAGCACAACUCUUCGUUCGUCACAUCAUCUCACAGCAUGGCAUCCCAACUACACUCAUCUCCGACCGAGACCCCAAGUUCACUAGCAAGUUCUGGAAGGAACUUAUGUCUCUGCUCGGCACCAAACUCGCCAUGUCAUCCGCAUACCAUCCGCAGACAGACGGACAGACCGAGCGCCUCAACCAAAUUGUUGAGCAACUCCUCCGAGCAGCCUGCAAGGACGACAUCUCCAAAUGGGACUUGCACCUACCCGUCCUGGAGUUUGCCUACAACAACGCUACACACGCCGCUACGGGACAGACGCCGUUCUUCCUCUGCUACGGACGCCACCCACUCACACCACAGAAACCGACAACACCAGCAACAGUCCAACCUGCACACGACUUCAUCACAACCAUGCAUCGGCUUUGGGAUCGGACCCAUAAGCGCCUCCUUGACAUUCAACAGCAACAGAAGCGCCAGGCCGAUCGCCAUCGCAACGACCACACCAUUUCUGUGGGAGACCAAGUUCUCCUUGACACCCGCAACCUGGACAUCAGCCAUCUCCCAUCUAAACUUCGACCUCGCUUCUGCGGGCCUUUUCUCGUUGAAGCACAGGUCACUCCUGUUACCUUCCGCUUACGCCUACCAGCUACCUGGAAGAUUCACAACGCCUUCCAUGUCCAACUUCUGAAGCCCUAUCGAGAUCCUAAUACGAUCUUCGUCGGACGCCAACCGCCGCCGCCGCCACCCGUCCUCGUCCAAAAUGAACCCGAGUACGAGGUCGAGUCCGUGCUUGCACACCGCCGUCGUCGGAAUGGCACCGUGGAGCUUCUUAUUCGUUGGAAGGGCUAUGAUCCUUCUGAGGACAGCUGGGUCUCUGAGACCGACAUGGGUAACGCCCGUCGUCCUCUGCAUGACUACCUUGUCAAGCAGGGUGUUACUUCUACCACCCAGCUUUGAGGGGGGGAAGUGUGAGAGUACGACUC